ACCGAAUAGUCAUUUUCAUCCGCGUACGUACAUAACGUACGUACGUGUACGAUUCUGAACGACGGAACGCUAGCUGCGUGUACUUUGAACAUUUUUUCAGAACUUUUCACCCGCUUAAGAUGUCCAGAAGAAAUAACCGGAAUAGGGAUGGGGGUCGCAGUCAGCAGUACUAUGGUCAUGAUGACCGAGAUCAAGUAGGAGGUCACUGGAGGGGAGGACACCCUGGAGGCAGGAGCCAUCGAGGAGGACGGGGAGGGCCAGCCGGCCGAGAGAACCAAGACAGUGGUCCAUCAGGAGGCAAGUGGCAACGAGGUAAAGGUCCAAGGAGGGGUGGUGGACCAAGCGACAGAGGUAGAUAUCAAGGGCCACACCCUCGCUCCAGGUUUACAGAUGACGACGGUGAUGUGCAGAUGGGAGAUGCCGAGGAGGGCACCUCCCAAAGAUUCAACCCCUACGGACGGCCCAACAGCAGGCGAAAGAACCGCCCCAACAACCGAGACUCCAGGGGAGGUGGCGGGGCCAGAGGGAGCGCCUCGUCCAUGGCCAGACUGGGCCUACCGAUCAACACAGGACACAAAGACAGGGGGGCAACUGGACACAACAGGCCCAGUGAUGGCAAGGGCAAGAGAGCUGGACAGAGUUGGGCAAAGAUCAUUAUACCCUAUGGAAAAAAGGUUGAGAAAGACUGGCUCCUCACCAGUUUACAGAAUCUUUGCUCCGUCCCCUUCAUACCAUUUGAGUUUCAUUAUGAAGGUGAGAGGGCGAUAUUCCAUGUGGACGAUGUAACAACGGGCAGUGCGCUCAAGGCCAUCAGCAAUCGCAUUACAACCAAAACAGGUCACAAGGUUGUUGUGAUUUCUCAUCCUUGUCAACCCCUGGCUGUGCUAAAAGGCGACGAUUUUGAGGUCUUGAAGGUGUGCCUGAGUGACCGCUACGAUCCAUCUACCAAGGCCCUCAAUUUAAGCAACUUGAUUGAUGACCAAGCUCUCAAGAGCAAAGGUGUGUUAGGCAUCCUCAGCAGAAAUCACAUCAUGGAGGCUGUCAUCAAAAUCAUCUCCGAGAAUAUCCCAGAGGUCCUGUCCAUAGAUAUCAGCCACAACAAACUGUACAACUUGAAAACGUUUGGCAAACUGGCGGAGAAAGCCUGCCAGCUACGGAGUCUGAAUCUAGCCAAGAACAAAAUUCGUGGCAUUUCAGAACUGGAGCCCAUCAGAGAGUUCAGUAAGCUGGAGGAGUUGUUUCUACAAGGCAAUGAAAUAGUGGAAAAGCCCAACUACACAAGCAUUGUCCGGCAAAACUUCCCCAAGGUCAUCCGACUCGAUAGGCAAGAACUCCCGCCGCUCAUUGCCUUUGACGUUGAGUCACCCACAGUCUUGCCGCCAGUGCAGCACAGCUACUGCGGCAGCAGUCAGAUCAAGAAACCGCUCUUAAGUUUCCUGGAGAAAUAUUUCACAGUAUUUGACUCGGGCGACAGACAGUCGUUCAUUGAGGUUUACCACGACCAGGCCUGCUUCUCAAUGAUGUGUCAGAACUCACCUAUUUCAAGCCCACACAUUAGGAAAUACAUCCCCCAGAGCCGCAACCUACUCAGAAUAAAAGACCUGACAACAGAGAGCUCCUUCAAACUGUUCAAGUCCACCAAAGUGGCGGUGGUAGCCCAGCUCAAUGAGAUGCCCCCGACGAAGCACGACACCAAUUCAUUCCAGGUGGAUUUAUCCAUGGUACAGGGCGACCUUAUCUGUUUCACCCUGCAUGGAAUCUACAAAGAGUUCAGCAACAACAGGUCGUCAUCACACAUGGUUGCGUUCAGUCGAGUGUUCCUAGCUCAGAUGCAGCCGCCGAAGCUGUGCAUCAUCAAUGACCAUCUUUCGAUCAGAGAACCCACCCGCACUCAGUUGAAGGCUGCCUUCGCUUCGCCAGCCCCUACUCCUUCCACUAGUCCUGUGAACGUCCCCCAGGGUUCUUUGUCCCCUGGCCAUGGCCUGAGUGCCCUGCAGCAGGAGAUGGUGGCCAAGUUCAUCAAGGACUCCAACAUGAACGCCGAGUGGUCCAUCAAAUGUCUGGCAGAGAAUGAAUGGGACUAUGAGAGGGCAGGCGUGUCAUUCACGACGUUGCAAACUGCAGGCAAGAUACCAGUCGAGGCUUUCGUCAAAUGAAUCAAAGAAUUACGAAGAACGCAUGGAUGAAGAAGAGGUGAUCUGACAGCUGUCUAUUGUUCAAUUUGUUGCCAGUUGUUGAUACUGAGAGUUACAUUGAUAAAAUGAAUGUAGCAAAAUGAAGCAUAUGGCAAUAGAGCAACGACAGAGACGUUUGUGGGGCAGGCCAGAUUUAUGUUUGAAGUUUGUUUUUUGGGGGGAGGGGCGGAAGGGAAGGGCAGGGUUGAGGGGUCGGUUUAUGGUGGGGGGCUCACCUUUGGGAAGGGGGUAGGAUAGGGAUUAGUUUGGUUAGGGGAGGGGUCCACAAGUUGGGGAAAGGAUUGGGCUUGGAGUGGGAGAUUGUAGGUUGCAGAGGAGUGGAUGAAUCCUUGUUGAUGAGUGUCCUCUUUGCUGUGCAAAUUGAAGUAAGUCUGAGUUGUGAGUUUCAGCAGCCUUUUUCUUGGUUUGUCUUUGGGAUUGAAAGUUUCAAAAAAUGACCAUUGCAAUGAUUUACCGUAUUCUUGUAAAUAUCCGGAUAAGAUAUGGCCUAGAUGGACACGGAUACCUAUUAUUGAACUGGAAAUCUUCAUAUUCUAGUGUUGUUAUUGUGCGAUAUGUAAGAUUUUUUGUCGCAUUCAUAAAACAUUGGAAACUGAUACCUGGUGAUUGGAUGACAUGGUGAUUGGAUGACACAUCUCGUUUGAAUUCCUUUUAAACAUGGAACAACAUAAAAACGUAAAACAUGACAAUUAGUUUCAGACAGAUUUGGUCAAACACAGUUAAGGGCAGAGGUCAAGAUGCAGACAGUUCACAAAGUGUCCAACGGUUGGUGUUAGUCCCUCUUGAAACCAUCCACCAUUGGAAGGCAAUCUUUCCACAGUUGGAGAGGAACCAUUCCCUUG